AUGGAGCGCCUCACACUGGAUCAGGCUCUCGAAGUCGGUCUUCUUCAAGAUAGAUCAUUAAGCGAGCUUAAACAACGGAUGGACAUCAUAGCACUGAGUCUUGAUAACCUCUUCUCUAGUCAUGCUGAUGACAAAGAGGGGGAGAAAGAUCUGGAUGUUGCUGUUGUUGUCCCUACAACUGAACCUAAAGCUGAUGCUCCUAGAACUGAAGCUAAUGAAGCUGAGGUUGUUGAUGAAACCAUCACUUCCCAUGAAGCUAAUGAAACUGAGGUCGUUGAUGAUGCCCUCAGAACUGAUGCUGAAGCUCAUGACGAAGACCUUCCUAUCACCCCUGCAUCUGAUGCUGGUGAUGAGGAAUAUGAUAAUGAAGACAAUGAAAAUGAAGAUGAUGAUGAAUCUCCGUCCCUUCCUAACGCUGGAAAGUAUCACGGUGGUGAUGAUGAUGACGACGACAAUGACGACGACUUCAUGAUUCAGUACCACAAGCCUAUCAAUGCUCUGAAAUGA